UUUGGGCUUUGCUUACAGCCCACCCUUUGCAAUUUGCCUCUCACUUUCCCGCUUCUUUUCAAUCUUCUUCUUCUUCUUCUUCUACUCCUCAAAUGGCGAACCCUCUGCUUUUCUUCAUCUCCACUCUCUGAGUUCACUCAACAAUGGAUUCCACGCCGAAGACCAAACCCACCAAGCCUCCGCCGCCGCCGCCGCCUCCCCUCUCCAAAUUCGAGGAUUCACCAGUUUUCAACUUCAUCAACAGCCUAUCUCCCAUAAAGCCUGUUAAAUCUGUUCAUACUGUUCAAACAUUCAACUCCAUUUCUUUCCCUUCCCUUCCAGUUUUCACUUCGCUGCCGCAGUUCAGUCCUCUCAAGUCCCCAAAACGGCCGAAUUUUUCGAACGCAUCGAGAUCCCCGCCUGCAGUUUCCAAAAAUAAAGGAGCGGUUAUAUUAAUGGAUCAGUUACUUGAGAUUUUCGUGCCGGGAAUUCCUCCCGGCGACGACUUAACUCCGAGAGUUCAGCCGCCGGAAAUGGUCAAUUCCGGCGCUGGCGAGGCUUAUGGAGUUAAAAACGGCGACGUUUUGAACAGUACAACAGAGAACAAGCCUCUCUCUAGUCUACAGGGCGGGAACAUGCCGAGACGAUGCCUAGAUUUCGAAAUGGCGGGAAUGCUCCUCCCGGCGGCGGCGGCAGCGCCCGGCGAUGGUUCAAUCCGCGGUUCUUCUUCUUCUUCUUCUUCAUUUCGAUGCACUCUGCCUCGUAUUGGUUUGCACUUGAAUGAUCUUGCAUCGUCUUUGAAGCACUCCGAUUCAGAGAAUCUGUGCUCCGAAAGGAGACCGGGUUUUUCCAGCUCCUCCGCCGCCAUUUUUACAUCAAAUUCCAUCCAAGAUCAAUUCCUAUUCGCUUCAUCCACUCCUGAAAGUGAAAACCCUCAAGAACCAGCGAGUCUGAUCGGAGAAGAUUUCAAUCAAAUCAACCCUAUAAAGAAUGGAAAAUCGAUGGAAGUUACUGGAAAUGGGGCGUGUAAACGUUGUAACUGCAAAAAAUCUAGAUGCCUGAAGCUAUAUUGUGAAUGUUUUGCUGCUGGUGUGUACUGCAUUGAGGCGUGUUCAUGUCUAGAUUGCUUCAACAAACCGAUACAUGAAUCUGUGGUUCUUGACACUCGCAGACAGAUUGAAUCUCGCAAUCCACUUGCGUUUGCUCCUAAAGUGAUCUUGAACUCUGAUUCUGUUUCUGAACUUGGGGAGGAUUCGAACAAGACGCCAGCUUCGGCUCGACAUAAACGAGGAUGCAACUGUAAGAAAUCAAAUUGCUUGAAAAAAUACUGCGAAUGCUAUCAGGGCGGCGUUGGAUGCUCCAUCAACUGCAGAUGUGAAGGCUGUAAAAACGGAUUUGGGAGGAAAGAUGAAUCAGCUCUAAUAGGAACUGAAACUCAACAAGAGGAAGAAGGAAGAGAACAUUGCCAAAAAAAUGCAGAAGCACAGAGUGAUGAAGGCCAGCAGAACUCAAUCAACACUGCUCCUUCAACUCAACUAGGACCACGCAGGUCAUUGAUUUCACUUCCAUUCCAUUUGAAGAGGAGACUUCCAUCAUCUUACCUUGACGACGAAUCCUCCUCUAGAUUGAGCGUUCGAUUCAAACUCGACGAGCAAGGCAUCAUUCAAACAGAGGCGCCGCCCAAGUUUGAGAAAACCACCACCCCCUGUGAGGAUGUGAUGCCAGAAACUGUUUCUAAUGAAUGCCCUUCUGGCACAGGUGGUGUUAAGAACGUUUCUCCCAACAGUAAGAGGGUUGGUCUACCUCCACCACAGGGGGAUUUCAGGCCACUGCCAUCGACUCGAAUCAGUCGGAAAUUAAUACUGCAGUCAAUACCCUCCUUCCCUUCUUUUACUAAUCCAAACUCAAAUGAAUGGACACAGUGAAUUGUAAAGCCUGUGUUCUUCUCAGCCGUUGCUGCUGCACCUCAACCUCUGGUGCAACUGGGGAAUCUGUCAUCAAGUUUAGGCCUAACGUUAUGGAAAUUUUUUGGAGUUUGUUUUUCUUGACAAACUCUGUUAGACACAGUUCGAUUUGAAUUUGAAUCUGUGUAGUGAUGAUGCUUCAAUUCUUUGGUUUUAGGUUAAAUAUUCAGGAUUUGAAUUCUCUCUUCUUCUUGUACCCUUGCCCCCCAAGAAAUAAAAAGUGUCGAACCAAAUUGAAACUA